ACGCAGGGACAAAGAUCAGGGUAUCCACUCGUAAUGGUCCAAAAAAGGUCACCAGGGAAGCAUUUUCUCCCUUCGCAGCAGGACCUGAGGAAGGGGGGAGGGGAGGGGAGGGGAGGGGUCGUAGGGGGAGUCGGGGGGGGUAACGGUGGACGCUCUCGCCUCGCUGCCUCCUUUGUUAGCAGCCUCCCGCCGGGCCUCCUGCAGGACCCCGCGGCAGGGUUAUUACGCCGGCAGGGCCCCGUGCGUGGCGGCCCGGCGGCGGGGCGGGGAGCUGCCGAGGCGCCGCCGGGAAGAAGUUACAGUGCUACGCUACAGUGCGGGAGGACGAGGACGAGGUGGAGGAGGCGGAGGAGGUGGUGGAGGAGGAGGUCGUUGAGGGGGGACAAAGGGGUCGUUAAUUUGGCGCCCCCCAACAUGGUCGACUGUCUGUAAUGUAAUAUUAAUGCACAGGCCAACGUCUCUCUAUUCUGCUCUUUUCGUCUGUAAAACAGUCUCUUUUCAGUUUAGUAUUCGUUCUUUUUCCUCUCAUUGUUAUUUCUCAUAGCCACCCCGCAGUGAGUUCACAAAUAUUCCAAAUCUAUGGACCAAUCUCAAGUGGGGAGGCACUUGAGACCAGCCAAUCAUAUUAAGUGUUUCCGCCUCAGCUAUUGAUUGGUGGGAUUUGACUUUGACGUCGCUCACCGUGUUUUCAUUGGUUGAACCGAACCCAAACUCCGCCCUCGCAGGAAAUUACGCGCGCUCAAUGGCUCGCGAGUCCAAUCGCUCCGCCCCCAGAUGGCAAGAUGUAAAGUUGAGCUUGGUUAGGAAAAUGUCGGAAGGCUCAGAGUGCUCUCCAAUCUCCACUCGCUAUCAAGCCAGUGCUAUCAUAUUACUGGAAGCCAGAUCUAAGCUCAUUUGCUCGUUCUCAUACAGCAUUAACUGUAACGAGCCUUCAGUAAAAACUGUGAGAGCCACGUGCCACAAGACGCCCGCCGCCGCCGCGAGCUGCCUCCUCCGCCGCCGCGGGCACGACACAAGUGAUCGGGUGCCGAGCCCUCGUGAGGACGCACUUUUACCCGUAGUGCCGCCAGUGUAACUCUUGACCUGAAGGUGACUCAAGAGUGCCAUCCAGGCUGUGAUCCAUAUCUUUGGCGCCGAUGAGGAGGUGCGGCGCCCCCUCCCCGCAGGUGUCUCGUCAUCGAUUGGCUCAAGGUGGUGGUGGUGACUCUUGACUCUCACAAUACCGAGGUGGUCGAGGCCGCUUCUUUUGUUACUCACCUCGGGGCCUCUCACCUCAGGGACUCGCCUCGCCUCCUUCACCGUCUCGAGGAGGACUCAGCUCUCGGGCGAGGCUGUUAGCCGCCUGGCUGGCCCUCACCACCCCGGCCGGGCGUGGCGGCGUGCUUGUGGCGGCGGCGGCGGCGGCGCUGACGCGGGGCGGCCAGGCCAGGGGCGUGGAGGCACCGCGGCGAGCUUGUCAUCCCCGUGGGCAGCGCAGAGGCAGGGCGAUCAUGGUGGGGUGUUAGGUCAUGAGUGGAAGCCCCAGGACGAGCCAGCCCUUCUCCGUGACUUCCCUGCUCAGCCCCCUCGACACGCUGGCCUCGACCGUGGACGUAGCCGCAGCAGCAGCAGCCGCAGCAGCAGCAGCAGCAGCAGGGCGGGGCUCGAGUGGCAGCAGCAGCACCAGCAGCGGCGCCCUCGCUGCCUCAGGCAUUUCUGUGUCGGCCUCCGUCAACGACUUCGCCGCCGCCAUGCAGAACCCGUACGGCAUGAGCCCCAUGGCGCACAUGGCGCAGUUCGGCACCCACUCCACCUACCAGUACUGCAACACCGACCUCUCCCACUAUGCCGCGCCCGCCUCGGCCUCCUGGUACGGCACCUCCUCCUCCGACCCCAGAUUUGCAAUCUCUCGCCUCAUGGGUGGCUCCAACAUGAACAUGAACAUGGGCAACGUCACGUCUCUCUCCACGUGCAGCAUGGCGGACAACAAGGCCAUGCAGUUUCCCCUCUCGCAGCGCAGGAAACGUCGGAUUCUCUUCACUCAGGCGCAGGUGUAUGAGUUAGAGCGGCGCUUCAAGCAACAGAAAUACCUGUCCGCACCUGAGAGGGAACACCUGGCGUCCCUCAUCAACCUCACGCCGCAGCAGGUGAAGAUCUGGUUCCAAAAUCACCGGUACAAGAUGAAGCGCGCGGCCAAGGAGAAGGCGAUGUCCGAGCAGACCUCCUCCAACCAGAGCGCCACGUCCCCGCGCCGCAUCUCCGUGCCGGUGUUGGUCAAGGAGGAGAACGCCACCAAGGGUUCGUCGUCGUCGUCGGGUGCCGCCGGGGAGGGCAAGCUCGGCCACCACCGGGACUCCACGUCCUCCUCCUCCAACCUGGGCGGCUCCAACACAUCCAGCCUCCUACCGGCGCACCUCACCUGUGACUCAGCGGGCGCCCUGGACCCCUUUCGCACGCAGGGCUCCGCCACGCCCGUCACCGGCGCCGCCUUCCCUUCCAUGACGCCGCUCCACCACAACGUCAACAACGCCUACCUCCACCACCAGCGAGCGUGGUAAGGCCGGCGCCCCUGCCUCGCCCCCAGCGUGCCGCCUCGGCCAGGGCGCCCCCAGCAGCCAGGCCCAGCGGCACGCCGCCCCACGCCAGGCCGCCCCGGUGCACAACCCCACACACCCACGGCUGACGGGAGGCUGACGCUGCUCCGGAUCUCUCUCUUUCUAUCUCCUCUCUCUCCCUCGUUCUCUCACCUCCCUCCCUUCUCCCCGCCCGAGGAGCGAAGUGCUGCUCCCCGCCGCCGCCCUCCGCCUUGAGGUAAGGCCAAGGUCGGUUGGAAUAUUGAAGCGCCCAGCCAACGAGGCGUCGCCGCUCCCGCUGCUGCUGCUGCCGUCGCCGCCGCCGCCCUCUCCGCCCUUCCGCCGGGUGCCCUCGCCGCCCCUCCGCCCGGUGCCCUCGCCGCCCCUCUGCCCACUGCCCCUCCGCCCCGCCGCCCCGCUGCCCCGCCACACGCCGCGGCCACCAUGCAUUAAUCAGUGUUCUUCGUGUACAGAUAAAACAUAGAAAAGGUCUUACACAAAUAUUUUAUCCGUUUAGGUAAAUAAGAUAAAAAAACGAGAGAGAAGACGUGUGUGUUCAUAACUUGCUUCAUCACCACGAAAAUUACGUUGGAAAAUACGUCGGCAAAGACUCUUGAAAGUAAAACGACUCAUUGGUAUUCCGACGUGGCGCUGCGCCGCCGCUGAAAGUGGAUCACGCGGGGCCCGGCGGGGCGCGGAGGCGGCCAACAAAGGGCAGGUAUUUGCAGUAAUUCGGGGCACCAGUGAACCCGCGGCUCCCGGGACGUAAAACUUUUGUGAUCCGACAUAUUGUGGCGGUGGAGUGAACGUGACUCGCCUCAAAAUAAUCCCUCGUUAUGCAUUCACGCCACACCGGUACAGCGGCCGAGAGUGAUAACAGUGACGUGGCGCGAUGGUCAAGGGUGUUUAUUUUUCUUGGUUUGGCCUUUCAAAGUGCAGGGAAUGUUUCGUGGGCGAGGCGGGCUGUGCUGCUGCUGCUGCUGACCCCUGCCCCUCCUGCUGCCACCGCUGCUGCUACUGUUACUGCUGUUGCUGCCGCUGCCCUCACAAGGGUGGCAGAUACUUGAGGGCGUCCGAGGACUGGGCUGGACGCGGGGUUCUGGCGGUGCUCGGGCUGGGCCGCGGCCUCGCCUGGGGACACUCGCUGCUGUCCGUGUCGUCCGCGGCCGGGGCGGCUCACGGCUCGCGGCCAAGACUAAUGGUCAGGGAAUCGGAAAAUUGUUAGCAGUUUUCCGUCCGUUUUUCCGCGUCGUCCGGCGGGGCAGCGGCUGAGCGGCGCCAAAUCUCCGGCGAAGGACCAUAAGCAGGAAUUUGUCUCCCAUGUGGAGGCGGCUGCGGCGGUGGCGGUGGCGGCGGCGGUGGCGGGGUCGGGCGGCGCUGGUGCUGUCACGGCUAUGUUGUUUUUCCAUGGAGCGCACACCGUCCUCCUCAAGGGCCCUCCAGCCUGAGGGGCGCGUCCCGACCCAAGCGCGCCGGCCCUGGCUUCGGCCCCGCGCCGCGCUCAGCUCGCCUCCCGACGGCUCAUUUACUCCCUCGAGUGUUCAGUAUUACUUGCUAAGCCAUGCUGUGCCGGGAAGACCAAGUGGGCUGCAGCAGCGGCGGGCGGCGGGGGGCGGCGCGGGACUGGGUGGCCGGAGGCCAGCGGGAGGGGAUCGGGACGACACAUACCAUUUGGUUGGUCCAGCCGUAUUGAUCGGCAAAGCUGGACUUCAUAGAGCCACAUCCUGGAAUGUGGGAGAUACAGGGGAAAAAUUAUGAAAAAAGUGUUUCUCUUUCACUGGAACAAAACGGGAGCCGGUGUUUCAGGGCAGCAGGGUACAGCAGGCCCGCCAGCAGCAGCAGGCGCACGCUCUCCCGCCCGCCCCGCCCUCCCUGCCUACCUCCCCGCCUGGCCGCCUCUCCCUCCACGCGGCCGAACAUCAUCGUUACUACAUCAUCAUCACGUCACUAACACGUCCUUACCCCCGGCCGGAGAAGAGGAGGAAGGGGAGGAGGAAGAGGAUGAGGAGGAAAAGGCUGUGUGGGUGUUGGGCGGGGAGGGGUGGGUGGGUGGGCCCUAAACCUUACCACCGCCCAUUAUAAUAACACAGGACAGGCCUCGCCGCCCACCCCGGCAGGAAGAGGCGGGAGGAGGAGGGCGAGGCAGGAGGGAGCACCUUCCACCCACCAUCACCUCCAUCACCUCAUCACCCAUCACCACCUAUCACCUCCAUCACUCACCUUCCAACAUUACCACCAACCACCACCCACACACCACAACCAUCACCUGCACUAAUGAUCAACACCUCCUACCUACCUCUGCCCACAUACCUGUCAUCACCACCACCACCGUCACCACCACCACCACCUACCUGCACCGCCUCCUCCGUGCUAAAGAGUCCCACUGAAAAACUGCUCCGACCAACCUUGUGAGUGAGGGAGAGAAGAGAGAAGAGAGAGAAAGAGAAGUAGAAACAAAGAGAAAGAAAGAUAAACAGUAAUAGAAAAAAAAAGAGAAACAAAGUAAGAAAGAGAAAAAAAGACAAACUGUAAUGAAAAAAAGAGGAAACGGAAAGAGGAAGUUAAAGGAAGCUUCGAAGGGAAUGAUCCGUUCUCAGGAAGGAACUCGACAGUGAACUUGGAGGAAAGAGGAGGAGGAGGAGGAGGAUGGAGAAGAAACUGGAGAAAGGAGGCAUCGAAGGAGCAGUGUGGAGGGAAAGGAGAACAAGAGAAAGCGUCGGAGAAAGUGUCUACAGAAAAGAACGCCGAGGAGGUACAGUGCGGAGCUGGAAAAAAUGGAGGACGAGUGUGGAGGAGGAGGAGGAGGAGGAGGAGGAAGACGACGAGGAGGAGGAGGAGGAGAGAGCUCAGCAUAAUACUCCCGGAGGCCGUGUUAGUGUACAUAGUGUAAAAAUUAUAAAAAAAAACUGGACCUCCUCCGCAAUAGAACUUUUAACGCUUUUUCGACCUGAUUCAGUGUGUCCGUAAAUAAAAAAAAUUAAAAAAGUAAUAACAGUAAUCAUAACGGUAAUAAUAAUACUGCUUAAGAGUAACUAAUAAUUAUGGUUAUUAUAAUGUUAACGAUAAUAAUGGUAAUAAUUAAUAAUAAUAACUUAUUCUGUGUCAUAAUAUAAACUGCUGUGUCGUGUGUGUUUGUGUGUGUGUGUGUGUGUGUGUGUGUGUGUGUGUGUGUGUGUGUGUUGGCGUUAUAUACCUUCCUUUAGUUUUGUAUAGUAAUCCUGCCCCCUCCCCCCCCCCUGUGUCUGGUCCCUGAGAGAGAGAGAGAGAGAGAGAGAGAGAGACGAGAGUAAACGAAACUCACAUAAAAAAAUGACAAAAUUAAUACUUGGAAAAAUCACACCAAGCAAUUUUUUCUUCUUCCCAUCAUCUAAUUUCCCUUCCUUCCUCUUCCUCGCCCCCAUCACUCCUCUACCCUCCCCUCACUUGUCUCCCUUCUCUCCCUUCAUCUCCCUUUUUGUAGCCUUACUGAACCUUUUCCCUCCUCUUCUCCCUUACCCCUUUAAAUUUCCCCUCCCUCUACCCCUCCUCCCUCCACCACCCCCUAUUUUCCCCUCCUUCUCCCCAAAAUGUGUCUACUCGAUAUUGCUUUUCCCUCCCCUUCCUCAUGCUCCCCUUUCUCCCCUACCCCUUUAAAGUUCCCCUCCCUCUACCCCUCCUCCUUUUCCCCUCCUUCCAAAAAUGUGUUGACUCAGUGUUGCUUGUUACAAAUUCACCAGAGAAAAACAAAUGUAAACAACAACGACAACAACAACAACAAUAACAACAAAAAGACAAAAAAAAUGUUGGAAAGUUAAAUUGUAAAGUCGUUUGAUCGUUUUGUGUGAAGGAUAAAGAAAUAAACGACGUAGACAUUAACAACGACAACAACAACAACAACAACAACUACUUGGAACAGAAAAAAAUAUGAAGAAAUAAAUAAAACUUGGAAAAAUGAAAAUGUGUGUGAUUUUUUAAUGUUAUUUUUGGGAUGAAUUAUUAAAAGAAUGUGUUGGAGAGUGAAUCAUUGUGUGUGUGUGUGUGAGAGAGAGAGAGAGAGAGAGAGAGAGAGAGAGAGAGAGAGAGAGAGAGAGAGAGAGAGAGAGAGAGAGAGAGAGAGAGAGAGAGAGAGAAAGGUAAGCUAAGUGACCGGCCACCACACCUCACCUCACCCCACCACCACCACCACCGCUAUAGGGGGGGGUGGGGGGCAGGGAGAAGUAAGGGGGGGGACACAGUAACUCUCCCUCAGGGUAACAGAUGGCGCUGAUGUCGGGCCCAGCACCUGGUUGGUCCUCCCCUAAGGUCUAUAUCCUCCCCCUGCCCCCCCCUCCUCGUUCCCCUCUUUACCCCGCUGUCAACCACUCCCCAGGCCAGACCAAAAGCCCCAUCCUCCCCCCCUGUUAUCUCCCCUUGCUCCCCUGUCCCCUUCCACCCUCCAGUCCCCUUGUCAACUCCCCCAGGGCAGCCCCAGUCCCAUCUCCUUAAAGCCUAUCUAUAAAACCUCCCCUGCUCUCCCCUGUCAAGCACCCCUUCAGCCCCAGCCCCUGUUAACCUCCCCCAGUCAAAACAAUCCCCCCCUCCCUCUCCCCAGCUCAAAAUGAGCCCCUCAGCCUCACCAUGUUUCUAUUCCCCUCACCCCCCGUCCUUAUCUCCCCUUCCCUCCACACACCUCCCCACCCACGUAACCACACCCAUCCCCCUCGCUUGUGUUCUUCCCGUUUUCCUCCACACAAGAGAACAAGAGAUCACGUGACUCUUUUAACGUUUCGCCGCCGCCACCACCACCUCCACAACGUAAGGUUAGUGAGGUGAGGGUCAGAUGUCUCUCCCUCUCGCCCUAUCUCGCUCGUCUCGUUUCGCCUCGCUUGGUUCAUCUCCCAUUAUGGAUUCUCUGUAUUCGUGUUGCUGUGUUCUGCCUCUCACGGGUGUCUGUGGAGGUGGACUGUGGCUAUGGGGGAGAGGGAGGGACAUGGGGGGGUGGAGGAGGAGGUGGAGAGGGCAUGGUGGUGGUGGCGGUGGAGUGGUAAGAAGGUGGGGGUCGGUCUGAAAUCCGUCAGUCCACUUCCUCUGGUCUCCUCUGUGGUCUGACUGUGCUGUGGGGGGGUAGGGGUGCAUUAAGGGUCUGCAUUGUCUGUGGUCUGUGGUCUGUGGCGUGCGGUGGUCUGCUGGUGCGGUUUUGUGCUGUCAAAACCUGUAACCAGUUGUGAUAAACAGGUCUUUGUAUUUUUAUCGAUGGUUUUACAUGUUCAUUAAAGUGUUCAGUGGAAGCUUG